GCAACACUAUAGAAGCCGCGCUAAUAGGGCGGAUUUUUUGCUCAGCAAUGUUUGAGGUCUGUUCCACCAUAUCACACAGAGAUGUUCACUGAAGCCAUGAAUGAAGUUGAGGAGAAACAUCCGUGUCAGAAAACUCAAAAUCUUGAAAGGCUAGAAAUGUCUUCAAGUAGUGGGGACAAAAACAAGAUAUUCUCUACAAAAAGAAAGCAAAGAAGAGAAACAGGCGAGCCUUUCACCUGCCCUCAAUGUGGAAAGUGUUUCAAACGCAAAAGUCAACUUGAGUGCCACAUAAGAGUUCACACUGGAGAACGACCAAACGUAUGUCCUCAGUGUGGAAAGAAUUUCACAGAUAAAUCAAAUCUUGUGGCACAUAUGAGAAUUCACACUGGAGAACGGCCAUACAUAUGUUCUCAGUGUACAAAGAGUUUUAAACAGAAAUCAACGCUUAAGGUGCACAUGAGAAUUCACUCUGAAGAGUGCCCAUACAGAUGUCAUCAGUGUGGAAAGGGUUUUAAACAGAAAAAUAAUCUUGAGCUGCAUAUGAGGACUCACACUGGAGAGCGCCCAUACACGUGUCCUCAGUGUGGAAAGGGUUUCAAACGCAAAUCAACGCUUGAUAUCCAUGUGAGAAUUCACACUGGAGAGUGUCCAUACGUAUGUCCUCAGACUGGAAAAAGUUUUAAACAGAAAUCAAAUCUUGAGAAACAUAGGAGAAUUUACAAUGGAGAGCGCCCAUUUGUAUGUCCUCAGUGUGGAAAGAGUUUCAUAGAGAAAUCAGCGCUUAAGGUGCACACGAGAGCUCACAUUGAAUAGCACACUUACACAUGUCCUCAGCGUGAAAAGAGUUACAAGUAUUCACACUGGCAAUCGCCUAUAUGCAUGCUUUCAAUGUGAAGUGCCCAUGAACAUGACUUCAAUGUGGAAAGAGUUUUCACCUUAAAAUUUCACCUCAACUGGAUUUAGGUCUGGGGAACGUGAGGGCCAGUCAAUGGCAUCAAUGCCUUCAUAGUUCAGAAACUGCCAACAGACACGAGGUUGGGCAUUAUCAUGCACCAGGCAGGCACUGCACCAGUGUGGAAAGAGUUUCAGUAGGAAAUCAACGUGUGAGGACCGUAUGAGAAUUCACACUAGAGAGCUCCCAUAAGUAUGUCGUCAGUGUGGAAAGAGUUUCCAGGACUGAGCCUUGGGACCCCUGAUUUGAACAUCAUUAUUUCCUAUUUUUUAGGAUUUUAUGAUUGUGUACCUUUGAUCCAAAAAAAGGGACUAUAAUGAUCCCAGCAGAAGGGUGGAUUUCAGGAACAGAAAAUUUUAUGAACCUUAAAAACUGGGCAAAAAUACAACAUCAUAUAAUAUACACACAGACAUAAUAUUUUUAUUUUUCUCUUUAUAAGUUUAACUGUUAAAGUAAAAAUUUGAAAUAGACACCUUAUAAGCUUUUCAGUAGCCGACAGCAGAGACGAAUGAUUUUGUCAGCAUGAAAUAAUCGCAAUUUAAAGUGCUUUUAUGACUGAUUGUAAACUACACUGGUAACCAUUAUUGAUGCCAGUCAAGAAAAAUAUUUGUGGGUGAGCGCAAAGUCUCUUGUGUAAACAAAAUGCACUUUUUUACAUUUACAUGCAUUUGGCAAACGCUUUUAUCCAAAGCGACUCACAUUGCAUUAUCCUAUACAUUUGUGUCUAAGUAUGUGCAAUCCUCUGGGAUCAAACCCACGACCUCGCAUUGUUAACACAUUGUUCUUACCACUUAGCUACAUGAAACCUGAGUAUAAGCAAAAGCAUUGAAAUAUAUAUAUAUUUCUUGUAUCCCAUCUCAUGUUUAUCCAUCACUAUGUCCCUUUAGGCCUACCAAGCACUAAUCAAAUCACUUUUAUUGUCACAGCACAAGUGCUUUGGUGAGUGAAAUUCUUGAGAGCGUGCUCGAGAAAGUUCUGAAAGAAAUUUA